UGAUAAGAGGGAUGGCCCUGCAGGCGGCCACCGGCCGCGUAUAAAAGCCCAUCUUGGCCGACGCUGAGGAGACACUCGACGCCCCACGCUCGCGCUGCUCUCAUCCCCCAAGCCGCCGUCUGUCUCCAAUAAGGGUAAUGGCGAGAACGAGCAUCGCAGCCGCGAUCGCAAUCGUGGUGUUGGUGAGCUCGGUGCUGGCGAGCCCGACGCGCGGCGGCAUCCCCUUCGGCGCCGGGCCAGCGUCCUCGCGGCCGCUCGUGCUCAACCACACGCUGAGCAAACGCACCCACUUCUUUGACAUCCAGUGCAAGGGCGUCUACGACAAGAGCAUAUUUGCGCGGCUGGACCGGAUUUGCGAGGACUGCUACAACUUGUUCAGAGAACCACAACUGCACUCACUUUGCAGGAAGGAGUGCUUCACCACCCACUAUUUCAAGGGCUGCGUCGACUCGCUGAUGCUGCAGGACGACUUGGAAGAUAUUCAAUCGUGGAUCAAACAGCUGCACGGGGCUGCCCCGUAGCUCGUUGUCGCCCCAUAGAUCCGAGUGCUUCAGCACUGACUACUUCUGGGGAUGUGUUCAAUCGUUACUUCUAGUCGACGAAACAGAGGAGCUCCGCAAGAUGGUCGAUUUUCUUGGCAAGAAGUAACGACGCCGACCGACAGCCCCACUUCUAAUCUAGUCACCUUUUCACGAUAAUUUAUUUUGCAUUUAAAUUAAAUUAGAGUAUCUAGUUAUUAAUCAUUCAACCAACUGCAUCUUCCGACGGCAACUUACUGGCUGGGGAUAAAUUGCCUCAGGAAAAUAAACUUACAUAAUUUCGUUUCCAUUUUCGCUUCAUUCUGCAUCGUCCCGACUCUGCAGCCCCUCGGACUUGUGCAGUCUUUUUUUUUGUCAA